GCUCCCUUUCCCAAGCCAUCUUGCACCAGGAAUCACGUGAAGAGCGGUGGGAGCGAGGCGCUCGUUCCCAUAGAGAUAGGAAAAGGUUGUCCCUGCCAGUCACGUGAAUUGCACUUGCCGAUGGCUCCUUCCGCCGGGCUGGGCGCCACUCGGGGGCCGUAGAGUAUCUCUCCCUCUCUCCCCCCCUCCCCCUUCUCCACUCCCGGCCCGAGCACGUACGCCGCCUCUCCUUCCCCCGCACCGUCCCACCCCGCUUCGCCGUGGCGCUUGUGAGCAGAAUCUGCGCUCGCGCACCAUGGAGGUUUUCAUUCCAUCGUUCCGCUAUGAGGAGAGCGAGUUGGAGAGAGGCUAUACGGUCUUUAAGAUAGAGGUACUAACAAAUGGAAGAAAGCACUUUGUUGAAAAGAGGUAUAGUGAAUUUCAUGCUCUCCAUAAAAAGCUUAAGAAAUUCAUAAGAACACCAGAAAUCCCUUCAAAGCAUGUGAGGAACUGGGUGCCCAAAGUUCUAGAACAACGUCGGCAUGGCUUGGAAGUUUAUUUACAGAAUAUUAUUUUAGAAAAUGAAGAGCUUCCCAAAAUAUUUCUUGAUUUCCUCAGCGUUCGUCACUUUCCUUCUCUCCCAAAAGCAGAAAGUUGUGGUUCUUUUGAAGAAAUAGAAUCUGAAGAAUCAAGCAAACUGUCCCACCAGCCUGUGCUGCUGUUCCUAAGGGAUCCAUAUGUCUUGCCUGGAGCCAAUGAUGACUUUCCAAACGUAGUUAUUGAAGGUGUUCUUCGUGGAUUGUUUUAUCCUCACCUACAGCCCAGGUAGAAAAUGGAUUUGAAAGGAUAGUAACGAAAGUAAAUCCCUCUUUCUUGAUCCAGGCUCUUAAUAAAACUCCAAACCAUGAGACGUGACAAGUCGGAGGAUGGAACCUUUCCCCUUUUUAAAUUAAUUCAGUGUAUCACUAACAUUGCUGCUUAAAAAAUUAUGAAUGGAGGAAAAUGCUAUUCUGUUGAAUGUUUACUGAACUCUAAAUAUUUAAACCUUAAAAUAGCUGACAUUCAUAUGCUAAAUUACACUAACAUCAUGUACUUGAUUUUUUUUUUAAUAAAUGACUACAUUAAGCCUUUCAUUUCAAUGUAGUAUCUACUGCUGGCAGUGGAUACACAGGAUCUUCUAGCACAUGUGAGACUGAAAAAUGCAAAUGUUAAGAAAAUCAUUGCCAAAACUGGAAAUGCAAUAUAAGCUUAUUGUAUCAAUAUUUCUGAGAUGAUGUCAUAUCAUGUUCACAUUAUCUUAAGAAGGGAGAAAAAUGUUCAUAUGCUUGAAAUUCGGCUCAAAUGUAGCUUUAAUUUACUUCAGGACCCUGGCCACAAUCCUUGUGCUUCCAGACAACACAAUGCUUGUUUAGCAUAACUUUCCCAUGUUAAUUAACCUAUAUCACUCUGUAACAGAAACAAACAGGAACAUGAUUAGUAACAAUAAUCAGCUAAUCAAUGUUCAAAGGUCAAUUAGCAACAUGAACAUAUGCAUAUGUUUUGCAAGAUGUUGGAAUCCAAAAUAAAAGCAUUAACAUUA